AUGAAUGUGAUUUCAAUGCACUUUCUUCCUGGGGAGGAACCUAUAAACACUAAGUCGAUAGCUGACGGAAUCUUUACUCUUACAAACUAUCGACUUAUAUUUUCAACAAAAAGACCACAAAGCUCAUGGAGUAUACCCACUACUUUAGUAUGGAAAGCUGAAGCGUUUGAAAUGAUUCACAUCAAAAUCAUAACAAAAAUUGGUAUAUCUGUCACUUGGUCGUUUGUCGAUGAAAUCGCUUGUGAUGCUGGAUACGCUCAUAUUACGUCAUUGAUAGAUACACCAAGAGAUAUUGACUCCCUGUUUGCUUGUAAAUUCCGUUCAUCUUUAGAAGCGAACAUUCCAAACCAUCCUUUUCUCUUAAGUGCCUGUGAAUUGUUACAGAUUAAUGAUGUGGACAGAACUUUGGAUACAGCCUUAGUAUGUUUUGAAUUUCGUCGCAUGAACUUUGAUAAAACAUGGAAGAUAACAGAUAUUAACAACGAAUUCAAAAUUUGCUCCACAUACCCGAGACAUCAUAUUGUACCUCGAUCCAUUAGUGAUAAUGAUAUAAUCAAUAUGGCUAGUUUCCGAAGUCACAAUCGAUUUUUAACAGUUGUCUGGCGUUCUCAGGUUACUGGAGCUGUCUUACUUCGUUGCGCCCAACCUUGUGUGGGAUUAAUGUGUUCCAGAAAUGAGUAUGACGAGAAAUUCCUACGAACUGUUCUUGCUUGUUGUCCAAAGAAACCUUUAUCAGAUCCUAACAAAGAUACUCAUCGUUUGAUGAUUGUGGAUGCCAGAAGUCGUAGCAGUGCACAAUUCAAUCGGAUACGUGGUGGUGGUUUUGAAUAUCCAGAAUACUAUGAUCAGGCAGAAGUUGUUUUUAUGGAUUUGCCUAAUCUACAUACUGUUCGUUCAAAUUUUGAAGCCCUAACUAAUCUGUUUGCUGGCAAAUGUCCUAAUUGGUUUUCUUCAUUAGAAAAAUCAUCGUGGUUAAAUAAUAUUGGUCAGCUUUUAAAAACUGCCUCAGAAAUCGCUAUUGCAUUAGAAGAAAAUGCUCGUCCGGUUAUGGUUCAUUGCACAGAUGGUUGGGAUCGAACACCUCAAAUAAGUUCCUUAGCUCAAUUGUUAGCAGAUCCGUUUUAUCGAACAAUUCAGGGUUUCAAUAUUCUUGUUGAACGUGAAUGGCUACAAUUCGGCCACAAGUUUUCUGAUCGAAGUGGACAUGUUUCACCCUCAUUAAACAUAAAUGAACAAAGUCCAAUAUUUUUACAGUGGCUUGAUUGUGUCCAUCAAAUUCGCAACCAGUUUCCCCAUUGUUUUGAAUUUAAUGAAUCAUUUCUGCUAAAACUUGGCUUACACAUCUGUUCAAACUUAUUUGGUACAUUUCUUUGUAAUUCUGAAAAAGAGCGCCAAAAAGCUUCAGUCGCCAGCCGAACGUGUUCAUUGUGGGGGUUAUUAUCCUCAAAGUAUAAUUGGACAAUCGUAAAUUACUUUUAUGAGCCAGAAGCGGAGCAUCUUCUUCAGCCGGAUUGUCAAGUUCGUUCAUUAAGUCUUUGGAGUGCUUUUUAUGGUAUUGCUUUGUCUACAAGUAAAGUAAAUCCUACCCUAGAUAUUCCUCAGGAUGUAAUUGAAGCAACACCAAAUAAUGCUCAUUCAGUUACAAAUUCAACUAUUUCAUCUCCUACUAAACAUAAAUCUCUUUCAUCCAUUGAUCCAGCACCUCACAAGACUGAUUCCACUUCAAAUAUCAAUAACGAAGAAUCAUCUCAACCUACAACUAACCUGUUAGGUGAUGACCACCCUUCUGAUUCAAUAAAGAUAAUGGUACCAAAUUUAAAAAUUGGUACUUCUGAGGAAUUGAAUUCAGAUGGAGAUUUGUUUAUCAAAGGGUAUGCUUCUAGUCGAAACUCACAUCGACGUUCUCUUGAUGAUAUUAAUAAUCAUAUGGAUUCGAGAUUUACUAAACAACAAUCUAGAGAAUUUUCUUUACCGAAUCGUGUUUCUCCUACAAUAAUGAAAUCAUCAAGUCAAUGUUUUUUUGAAAAUAAUAUAUGCAAUGAGAAAAAUAGUCCUGGACCAGCAAUACUUCGUCUUUCUUCUCUAUCUGAUGAUACAGGUAUUUGUUCCGGUUUAUCGAAAUCAUAUAUACGAUCUCUAUCAUCUGUUAACAAUGGUGGUUAUCCUUUUCCUAAACAUUCAGACAAAUGUAUAUCUCCUGAAUCAGAUCCUGCACAGUUGACAGCGAGUACAUGUACGUAUGUUAAUCGAUUUCAACAACAAGAAUGUGUACUUUCUCCAGAUGAAAAUAUUGAUGUUUUUGCUUCUGAUGAACAAUUGGAACAGAACGAUUUCUCUUUUACUAAUCAUAAUAAUAAUAUAGAUACUAUGAAUAGCUGUAGUAAUAAUCUCAUGUCUUCAGGUCGAUUAUACUACUCACAAUUCAAUCAGCCUAUUCAAAAUUGUCAGUUUUAUGGAAAAUGUUCACCACUUUCUAUUUCACCAAGACAGUUCGAGUUCAAUGAUUGUGAUGAUAGUAAUCAUAAUGAUAGUGUUAAUGUUGAAUCACAUAGUAAACUACCUUCUAAUUUUAAUCUUGAUGGAGUACAAUGUGAUAAUUUUACUUAUAAUAGUCCACGAUGGUCAGUUACUACACGAGGGAGUAAUACAAGCCUUUAUGUAUUAUCAGAUGUGAAGCAAUCUUCCAUUGAACUAUUAAAGCCUGUUUCAAUUAAUUCAUCACAACCAGUGGACAUAAAAAUAUCACGUAGACUUGAUAAUCCUAACAGUUUAAUUCCGAUUGGCAGUGGUAGUGUCUAUCCUAAUGAAUUUACAGUACAUAGUCUACCGGAAAAUGACGAAGUGCUUGUUAAUGGGGCUGUAUCUCUCACAUCCGAUUCAGAUGAUUCUCCCAAUGAAUGUAAUGAUUUGAAUUUUUCAACACCUCUUGGAGACUCAGUAUCUGGUCAAGUGUUAUCGACGAAUAAGACUGAAAUCUCUAUUUUUGGUCAUAACGGUUCCGAAAAAUCCCAAGAUAUUACUAGUACUAUAUCAAGAGUUAAUGAGGAAAGUCUAGAUGAGGCAUUUGUAACAAAACUGUCUGAACUACUUAUUCCUGAAGAUUUGCUUGCUUGGCGAAACAAAUACUUCCGAUCUGAAUAUUUUUCAAAUAUGCUUUCUCAGUCAUCGCCGUCACUUUCUUGUGGUAGCAGAAAUUCGUCUUCCAGUCAAAUGUUCGACUGUUCUAGCAACAAUAAUAGUAAAGCCCUGAAGCCAGGUGGAUCAUUCGACUCAAAAAGUUAUUCUGUAACGGUUAAUCCUAAGAUUUCUCUACCUGAAUUUACUCGCAUUACGACUAAUGAUGACGUUUACAAUCGACCGACAUCAGCCCCAAUCAGUCCAACUUCAGCUGUAUCCUAUUUUCCUUCUACACUACAUAAAAAUUCUACUCCUUUAAAUAGAGCAGUGCAUAAUCCCUCCAUCGAUCAAAACAUAUCAAAUGAUACGAAUGAUUUAAAGAAAAUUAAGAAGAAACCAUUAUCUUCUGCAUUAAUGAACACAUUGUCAUGUUUUCCAGAUUGGGAUGGUUUACCUAUGCUAGUAGAUCGCCUAACAAUACAUGCUCACUCACAAUUAUGUCAAGAGCGUUAUAAUCGUAAAACACAAAAGCAAUCCAUGCUUGCAUUAGAAGCCAAAUUAAAAUAUACACAACUGGAAGUAGAACGGUUGAAUUCAGAGGCGAGAAGAUUAAAACAACUUCUCGAGUUGACUAAAACUCAAACAUGUAAACAAGACAAAAAUACACAUGCCUCAUCCGAUGAUCAUUUAUCAUCUCUUUCAUCGUCAUUGUCAUCGUAUGAACAGAAGCUUACACAAAAUAGUCAUAUUAAUGGUCAGUGUAAAUCUAAAGAGUCCAGUUUAUUGAGUAGUGAAUUAUUUGUUUCCAUUUCUAAAGAUAAAAAUAUUUCGGAAGAGGCUCACAAUCCAUGUAACAUUAAGUCUGAGUUAAAUGAUCCAAUUGAAUCAACAUUCUUGAAUGCAUCAUGUAAGACAACUUCAUUUGAAUUAAUAGAUACGGAAGAUGGUCAGUCUGUUUUACUGCAGCCGGAUUGUAUUGCUCACCAAUGUACAUUAUGUCGUAUCGAAUUUUCGGCUUUACGACCUAAACACCAUUGUCGAAAUUGUGGUUAUAUAUUCUGUGCAAAUUGUUCUGAUCGUCGUAUUGUUACAACAAGUCAACCAAGUGAACCGGUUCGUGUAUGCCGUCAUUGUUUCUUUCAACUAUCUCAUCCUUCAGUGAAAUCGUCUAAACAACAAUUGAUUGAAGAAUACACCCCAUGUGUUGCGCGACAUACAAUAGUGAAGGAAGAUAAUAAUGGUGGUGGACUGGUGAAAAAUUUCACUAACCCAGAUUUUCUUAAUUAUAUGAACAAUUCAUUUAUGCUUUCCACUGGCUCUGAUAGUGGUUGUAUGCCCGUUUCAUCUUUCCCUAAUGGUGCUAUAUUAAGAAUGUCGUCAAGCGGUGUCUCGCAUCACUUCAAUGGUUCUUUUAAUUCAGAAACUACCACCAAUAAUGCCACAACAACAGCAACUGUUAAUCAUCGUUUAGAUUCAAUCAUUACAAACAAUCCUCCUCUGUCUAGAUGUCAUAGUGCUGGUGGUGCUAGGCCAACCUCCUCUGCUGCGUCAGAUGGUAUUGCUCAGGCUUAAUAAAAAAAGCAAAUUAUACAACAGUUAUAAUGUGUUUCUCUUCACAUUAUUAGGUAAGGUGUGUUGUGUAUCACACCAUAUAUGCACACUGGCAGAAAAACAAUUACUCACAUCCACACUUGUUUGCUGUCAGUUUAUUCUCCUUCCAAAUUUGUCUUUCAAUUUUGUUUGUGACACUAGUCUUUGGUUUGACUCUUGGGAAAAAGGACUAUUUUCCCCUAUUCAAUUGCUCCUUUCUCCGCAUACACAGUAUGUACAUUUGUGUAUGUAUUGUUUUCUUCCAUCCAUGGGAGAGUUUUCCACUUUUCCCCCAUUCCUUUAUAUGUGUAGCAUUAAGAGAAUGAAGGUUUUGAAGAAUUGGAAACAAUUAAAAUAUACUGAUCCUAUCGUUUAUGUUUGCAUAAAGAUGUCUGAAGUUGUUAUUGCUUAGUUGUUUAUUCAUCACUAAUCUGUUUCGUCACUUCGUUCUCUGAAAAUAUUUCUUAAUGUGCUUGUUUCUAAAUCUUGACAGAUUUGUAUAAUUUAGUUUGUUACUAGUAGACCUGUUGAUGUUGUAAUUGAUAAUCCUUUUCUGCUCCUAAGUUACCGUCGCUCGCAAACAGAGGUCUUGUGCAUCUCUCUCUC